ACUGAGCGUGUCGGUGUCUCAGUGUGCCUUGACACGCGUGCUUGGGCGACUGCGGCUGCAGUAAAACCCUGUCGUGUGAUCGUGCGGUUUAGCAAGCCCGCGGUUCAACAGCUGAGAAUCCAAACAUUGUUGCUCAAUCAACAAACCUUAAUCACUGGAUGCUAACAUGGCUUCAACCAAGGAGCCAGGCGAAGAGGAGCAGUGGUCCAGCCAUCAUUACGGAUACAAAAAAGACUUUCGCACAGCCCUGCCUCAGCUAAUUGCAGUCAGUGUAAAGAAUCUGUUACUUCUUGGAUAUGGAAUGACACUUGGCUUCCCGACUAUACUCAUCCCAGCUGUGGAAAAUCCUCGUCCGGGCGAAGUUUUACAUUUGCAGAAAUCAGAAAUAUCUUGGAUAAGUUCAAUCAAUCUCAUAGUAGUGCCCGUUGGCUGUGCACUGUCGGGCAUCGUAACCAUCCCCCUGGGUAGGAGAAGAGCGAUGCAGAUCGUGAACGGCCCAUUCUUCGUGGCCUGGUUAAUCUUCCAUUUCUCCACGUCAACAGCACAUUUGUACGCAGCUCUCUUCCUGACUGGGUUGGCAGGAGGCCUGCUGGAAGCACCAGUGCUGACGUACGUGGCGGAGAUCACCCAGCCGCACCUCCGAGGGGCCCUGACGGCCACCAGUACUAUGUCCAUCAUUUUUGGAGUCUUCACGCAGUUCCUAUUCGGCUCGCUCUUGUACUGGCGGACUAUUGCGCUGAUCAACAUCAUAUUUACGGUAUUAGCAGUGGUGGCGCUUUGCUUCGUACCCGAGUCUCCGCACUGGUUGAUAUCAAAAAACCGGGUCGAUGACGCCAGAAAGAGUUUGCAAUGGUUACGUGGUUGGACUGAACCUUAUGCAGUAGAAGAGGAGUUAAAAGAUAUCCAGGCCUUAUAUAAGAGAAAAAAAGCUGAAGGUGAAAUCUUAGAAGAAACGUUAUUAGAAAAAGCUUCGAACUACAUGGAAAGAAGCUUUAUAGUGCCAUACAUCUUGGUUUGCUACAGCUUUUUCGUUGGGCACUUCAGCGGCAUGACUACAUUGCAGACGUACGCGGUAUCUAUAUUCCAAAUGCUAGAAGCCCCGCUCGACAAAUACUACGCCACGCUCAUCCUGGGCGUGCUACAAAUGGUGGGCGCUGGGGUGUGCGUGAUCCUGGUCCACUACACGGGCAAGCGGCCCCUGACCUUCGUGUCCACGGCUGGAGCUGCUGUCUGCUGCUUCGUAGUAGCCGGCUACGACGGGUAUAUUAAAAUGUACGGUGUACCGUUCUCUCAACCAGCGCAAGAUGGAAUGUUUACAAAUAUUACUGACAAUGAAUUCACCAACAACGCUACGUACCAAAAUACAUCUGAGGCUGUACAAUCAAUAAACUCUACCAAUGUGAAUAUUAGAAUGGAGAAUCCAUAUUCAUGGAUACCUAUGAUGUCUCUGAUGCUGUUAGCCCUAAUAACUCAUACAGGCAUUAGACUUCUCCCGUGGAUUUUGAUUGGCGAGGUUUUCAGUGCGAAAACUAGAGCAGGCAGCGCAGGGCUCGCCAGUGCGGUGGGCUACAUAUUUGGGUUCCUAACCAACAAAAUGUACAUCAGCAUGGUUGACAGUCUUUCUAUAUGGGGAACCUACGGCUUUUACAGUAUAGUAUGUUUGACCAGCUGCGUAAUUUUCUACUUUAUCCUACCUGAAACUGAAGGCAAGAAACUAAUCGACAUUGAGAAUCAUUUCGCGGGCCGAAAGAAGCUAAAUAACAAAGUUUACAAGUCUAAGAAGAGACCGAAAACCGACAUAUCAAGAAUGUAUGAAAUCAAGGGAAGCACUAACCCAUCGUUUGAAGGGGACAAUUCUAACUUAUAACGUCAUUGUAGCAGGAUGCUUGUUGUAUGAGAUGAACAGGGUCAUUCUGUGAAGUAUCAAAGCCUCCUAUCGCUUGAUGUUUUAUACUUUAAUCCUAAUACAAUUAAAUAAAACACAAAUUCAUGUUUCCUUUAUCUCAGGGGGUAUAGAUACAUCAAUUAAAAAUAAGUAAAAAAUAUACAUAUAAGUAAGUAUUUGAAACAUUUUUUUUUAUAGAAAUCGACGAUUCUGUAUAAUUUUUGUAAGUAUAAAAAUAAAAAUAUUAUUCUUUGUAACUGUGAUUUGUGACACAAAAACACAUGUUUAAUAUAGACUGAAGUUCUUAAACAACAUAAUAAUAUUAUAUAUAAAUA